AUGACUACAGUAAACAACAGUUUGCAAAAAUUGGGAAGAAAACGGCCAGGAGCCUUUAUGAUUUACGAUAAAAUCAAAAAACUAAGAUUAGAACAUGACUAUAUAAAGAAGGCAGAGAACGUUAGGAGAGCAAACGAGAUUAACGAAUGGUAUAACAGAGAAAUUCAAAAACCGGGGAAUCGGAAGAAACUAAUGAUCGACCGAUAUUAUAAAUUUCAAAAAUUAGAAUUGGACAUACAGCAUUUCAGUGUGCCUCGUUCUGUUUGA